ACUCCUCUUUGCACGGAGCAAAGUAAAAAGGAGGCUUUUACGUAAAGAGUGCACAGCAAGGGCUUCAUGUAUAAAAAGGAAAAGGCUCGGAAAAAACGUGCAGAAAAGUGAUCACAAAUCUUCAUCGAAUUAACCACGUAAUACACUUAACCUUAUUCCAAAAAGUGACGUUCGACAAGCUUCUUGUAUUAUCCAGUUUAUCUGCUGUGUCAGUUUUUACCAACUAUAAGAUAUGUUUUCACCAGGAAAACUUCCUUUUCAUUUGAGUGAUACGUCAUUGCUUGACAACGAUGGGCUGUGGCUUCCUGCACAAGAAACAUUUUUACUGGACAGAUCAGAUUCGUCGUGCAGGGAAGAUAAGGCUCUCCUAACAUCAGACGAUUUACAAAUGGCUGCAUUUCCCUUUAACAGAAUGGCACCCUAUCCUGUCCAUGGUAUUGGGUUAACACAUCCCAGCUAUGAACUCAUGAAUCCGAUGAGCACAGCAGUUGCCCAUCCACCGAGAAAACAACGUAGGGAAAGAACUACGUUCACCAAAGCUCAACUGGAGAUUUUAGACGAUUUAUUCUCGAAGACACGUUAUCCUGACAUAUUUAUGCGAGAGGAGGUGGCAAUGAAGAUCAGUUUGCCUGAAUCGAGAGUGCAGGUGUGGUUCAAAAAUCGCCGAGCUAAAUGUCGUCAACAGCAGCAAAGCGCGGAUGGAAAAAUAAAACCAAAAAAGAAGCCUUCAACGCCAAAGGAAAACGUCCCAAAGAGCUCAUCAACAUCCCCUAAUGCACCUUAUAGUCAAUAUCAAGCAUAUCCCACAAUGUGGGGAUCGCCAAAUGAUCAAACAAUUCGCAGUCCAACGUACCCCACAUCAGUCAUAGGCAACUCAAUGUGUAACAAUUCCACCUCCAUGAUGAUACCGCAUUCCACCCCUGGUAGAUAUCAUGCGGGCUCACAAGACAGACCCUUUCUCCCAAUGGGAGUGUACAUCAAUCGGCCUAUGGCACCUGCCGUUCAACACCCAAUCGAUUUUCACGAGCCUUCGAUGCAGCCGCUACCAAUCUCUACAGCGAGCCACUCAAACAACGCAAGAGUAUAACAUAUUUGAGCUCAUUUAAAGGGAAAUUGCUAAAUUUAUUAAAAAAUAUCAACUGAGAUUUUUCGAAUGAGAGACAAAUGAGAUGUACGUGUUGUGAAAAGCAAAUGAAUCCAGAUACAAUUCAGGGAGUUUAAACUAUGGAAAUAUUGCGUCGUAAAGAUAUUCAAUUUUACUAAGAAUUUUUUCAAACUUUAAAACUUUUAAUGCAUGGCUUGCAAUGUGAAUAAAAUAAAAAAUACUGCUUGUAAAGUAGACAAUGGAUAUUUGACGAAAUUAUUCAACGAUCUUUUAAAACUUUAGCUGGAUUAUCGGGUAUUCGUCGUGUAAUAACAACCUGGUAAAGAGAACUUAGAGAAGUAAUCCCACCAUAAACAGCUUCUCUAAAGAAAUCUUGAAUCAUGCUUAUUAUUUCCACCUGCAUUUUACUAACCCUGCGGAUUAUCUGUACAAUAUCAUCGUAAAUGGAUCAGCAUUGUGUAAUAAAAUUAAAAUAUGCUUCAACGACUCAACAAAAUAUACAUAAAUAAGCAAAAAUAUCAUUACAUUAUAUUAUAGUGAA